AUGGCCACCCAUACCCGUCAAUCGUCGUCAAACACUAAAAGGCCCUUGCCGGCCCACGCACGGCCAACUAAGCCUGCGCCCUUGUCCAAACGCUCAAACUCUUACGGUGCGAGCAGGAAAGCUGUGCCUCUGCACAAGAAGGAGGAGGACGUCGAAGACGAGGAUCUCAUGGCCACGAGCUUCUUGCAGUUCUGUACUACCUGCGAAAAGCAAAUCAUUGUACCUUGCAACUCGGUCCUCUACUGCUCCGAAAGCUGCCGCAAGAAGGACACCGAGAAGCACUUCAUCUUCCCACCCGAUCAGUCACCUCCAUUGACACCCUAUUCGCAAUUCUCAACCUUCUCCUUCGAAGAUCUCCACUUCCGUGACAUUGUGCCGCCCCGCUCACCCACCCAACUUCGCUCCAACCGCUCAUCAUGUGCUUUCUCGGACCUGUCUUCGGACGAUAACGCUACUUCGGGCGAUGAGAAGCCCAGGCAACAUUCGGACGCCUCGCGGUACCUGCGCCAUUGCCAACUGACAACCUACUCCGACGCAACUGUGCGACCCCGCCGCCCUCAUUACGUUCGCGCCUCAACGUCACAUGUCAACUUCAGCGCCGCGCCUUCGUUAUCGCAUACUCCUGCUUCCUCAGUGAGCUACUCACUUCCGUAUACCCCUUCGACUAGGCCACUCCCUCCAAGGACAAACCCAAGUAGCUCGUACACCUACAAAUCCAUCGAUCUUGUAACCCCGCUUACACAUGCGAGCACCGCCCCCUCGAGUCCGCGCCAGUACUCUUUGAAAUCUCACGCGGAAACUGCGACAUCAGCGAGCACGAUCGAAGGCGAAAUCAUGUACGCGAAGACUCCAAUCAUGUCAAUGUCCCCGGCCAAUGGGAGUCUGGGCCGACUCCUUGCUUCGACCACGCACUGA